AUUUAUUAAUACUUGAAUGAAUGAUCAUCCUGAAGGUUAAUUUUAAUUUAUCAAAGCCUACUUUCUAAAGAAUAGUAUUGCAAAAUAGAUUAUACCAGAUAAUUUAGAUAAUAUAUAUCCAGAGUAAUAGUAAAUUUUAAAUUUAGAACAUUAGAUGAGUACUCUACUAACGAAACAUAACAUAAAAGAAUAAAAUCUGAUUAAGUGUAAAAAAAUAAUGAAUAAAAGCUUAUGUUUGUAUAAUAGCAUUCACAACAAACAGAUACUUCAACAUAAAACUAAAGUUUUAAAUAACAAGGAAUUUUGAAAAAAACGCAUAGAAGUGUAAGUAAUAAAAGAGAUAACAAAAAAUCUCAUAAAAAAAAAGUCCAUUUUUAAUGAG